GCGCAGUGCGACCCAUCGACCGGACACAAGUUUUGCCAUCAUUGUUGCAUUAUUUAUCAAUCAAUUUCUUGCAUUCCGUUUCUGCACUUUGUAAAUUGGUUUGUUGAACUUCAUGUCUGAUUUCCUCAUGCUAUUUGGAUACAAAAUAUGAAGACAGGAUGAUGUUUUUGGUGCCUUUGUCACUACUGAUUGCAUUGACUGGUACUUACUCCAAGAAGAUUAUCACAGUACAGCAAAAACCAGACGAAGUGAAGCAAGGACAUAACGUCAGUCUGUGGUGUAAGCUGGAAUAUGACUCAAAUAAAGUAGCGCCGGUGCACUGGCAAUCACCACCAACAUUCGAAACAAGAACUAGCAAUUGUGAAUCAUACAUAGAAGAGAAAUAUGUCGUGACAUGUCCACAAACUACAGACCCAAUUUGGUUUUAUAAUUUGACAAUAGUGGAUGUCCAAUGGGCGGACAAGGGAAAAUAUUUGUGUCGUUAUACCAAGUAUUCGGGGAUUGUGGAUUUAAAAGUUUUGGUUCCGGUUACAAACUUGUCAUUGACCAACUCCUUAAACAGCACAGCAGACCCUCUCCUUUUGAGCGAGGACACCGAUGUAGAGUUUACCUGCACAACAAACUGUGCGUUCCCGGCACCCAAAAUUUAUUGGUUUGAAAAUGACCGAAGCGUCAAAGGCAGAGCGAGUACUUAUGCAGGGGAGGGUUGCACAGGGAUUAAUAAGGGCCAGAAUCGGACUAAAAGCACAGUAACAUUCUCAGGUACAAACCUGGAUAAGAAGCGGAGAGAGCACAACAUUACCUGUACAGCUGAAAACGUUAUUGGGGAGCAGACGAUUUCCAGGACGAUAGAUAUCCUAUAUAACAGGUCAUACACUGUUCAAAAUGGUGUGACCACCAGUCCACCGCAACCUGUCAUGACUGCGGCUGCCAUUGGAGCCUCCGUAGUACCAGUUGUGGUUGUCAUAGCAAUCAUAAGUGCAAUCGUGUUCAUUCGCAAAAAACGAAAAAGAAGAAGAUCACAAUUAAUGAGAGCCUCUGCAGAAGGUAAAUUUGAUGUCAGAGAAGCUUUAUUAGCAGAUGAGGCAGAGAUCGACAAAGUGAAUAAGGACGGCCUGACCCUACUAAUGAGCAACUCUAAAAAAGGUCGGCUUGAUGUCGUCGAUGCUCUAUUGACCAGAGGAGCAGAUGUUAACAGAGCGAAUGAGGAAGGUUGGACGGCGCUUAUGCACGUCUCUAGUACUGGUUACCCAGAAGUCGUAGAGCAUCUAUUGAAAAAUCAUGCAGAGGUCGACAAGCAGGAUAAGAACGGUUCGACGGCGCUUAUGAAAGCCUCUUGGAGAGGUCACCCAGACGUGGUAGAGAGUCUAUUGAAAUAUCACGCAGAGGUCGACAAGCAGGACCAGGAAGGCAUCACAGCGUUAAUGAUCGCCUCUGAGAUGGGAUACCUUGAUGUCAUAGGUGUGCUAUUGAAUGGUAAAGCAGAUGUUAACAAAGAGAAGAAGAAUGGCAUGACGGCGCUAAUGCUGGCCUCCCAAAAGGGUCACCGCAAUACCGUAGGUGCUCUAUUGGAAAGACGAGCAGAUGUUGACAAAGAGAACGAGUACGGCCAGACGGCGCUCAUGAUUGCCUCAAAUGAAGGCCAAAAGGAGGUCGUAGAUGCUCUUUUGGAAGCUAAAGCACAUGUUAACAAAGAGAAGAAGGAUGGCAAGACAGCGUUAAUUGAUGCCUGCAAUGGAUGUCAUCAUAAUGUCGUAGAUGCUCUUUUGAAAGCUGGUGCAGAUCCUAACAAAGCAGAGAAGGACGACUGGACGGCGCUCAUGGCCGCCUCUAAUCAAGGUGAUCUUUAUGUCGUUGAUGCUCUAUUGAAAGGCGGAGCUGAUGUUAGAAAAGCGACGAAGAACGGCCGGACGGCACUAAUGAUCGCCUCGCAAAAAGGUCACCAUAAUGUCGUGGAUGCUCUUUUGAAAGGUGGAGCAGAUGUGAACAAAAAGGAGAAGGACGGCCAGACGGCGCUAAUGGUCGCCUCCCAUGAAGGUCAUAGUAGGGUCAUAGCUACUCUCUUGGCAGCUGAAGCAGUGGUUGACAAAGAUAUGGAGGACGGCCAGACGUCGCUAAUGAUCGCCUCCAAUAAAGGUCACAUUAAGGCCGUAGCUGCUCUUUUGGCAGGUGGAGCAGAUGUUAACAAAGAGAAAAAGGACGGCCAGACGUCGCUAAUGAUCGCCUCCAAUAAAGGUCACAUUAAGGCCGUAGCUGAUCUUUUGGAAGGUGGAGCAGAUGUUAACAAAGAGAAAAAGAACGGCGGGACUGCACUAACUGACGCCUCAAAAAAUGGUCAUAUUGAUGUCGUAACAGCUCUAUUGAAGGCUGGCGCAGAUGUUAACAAAAGGAAGAAGAACGGCUCAACGGCGCUAAUGAAAGCCUCUAAAUAUGGUCACCUUCUUGUCGUAGAUUUUCUAAUGAAAAGUAGAGCAGAUGUUGACGAAAAGAAAAAGAGUGGCAGGACGGCACUAAUGGUUGCCUCCAAAAAUGGUCACCUUGAUGUGGUAAAAUCUCUAUUGGAUAAUGGAGCAGAUGCGAACAAAGAGAAGAAGGAUGGCUCGACGGCACUUAUGGCUGCCUCCCAAAAAUGUCACAUUGGUGUCGUAGAGGCUCUAUUAAAUAGCGGAGCACAGAUUGACAAAGAGAGCAAGGACGGCUCGACGGCACUUAUGAUCGCCUCAAAAUAUGAUCACGAUGAUGUCGAAAAUUUCCUCCGGAAAUAUGAAGCAAAUGGUAACAAAAAGAAUAAGGCAUCAGCAGCAAUCAAGGGGCAAGUGUACACUCCGCUCAGGCAGUAUGGUAAUGAAGUGGAUUUGGACAAGGAGGAUCUAGAGGGGACCGGUUCAGAGAAUAAAGAGCCACUGCUUAGUGAUCAGACGACAAGGGUGUGAUUGGUACAUUCCUCAGGCCAUAGUCAUCAUAAUAUUCAUCAUCGUCGAAUCAUUGUCAAGGUGGGAAGCGCAAAAAGGCUUUCCUGGAGUAAGAUGGGGAUCAAGCCUGUUUGAAGUACGUGGACAUUAAAAAAUAUCGCUCGAAGACAAUAUGCCUGGCGAGAUUGAUACUGAAAGUAAAAUGUAAAUACGACAAUAACUAGAGACCAAACGGAUGUGAGGCACUCCACCAACAUGACUAAGGCAUCAGACCCUGUGAGACAAAUUUUUAAAAUGAGUCAAAUAUAUCGGUUGGGCCUCAAAAAGCGAGUUCAUUACUACAAAUAGGAUUUCAUUAAAUUCAAGAUUAUGAUUUAGAUAUUUCUCAGCCACUAUUGGUUUGAUUUUUGUCACAUCGGUACAAGCUUAUUUCGAUGGGUCAGUAAAAUGGUGCAAAAAUUUUACCAAAAUUCGUGUGGCACACAAUAACGAUAACACUACUAAAAUGAUAUCGUUUAAAACAAGAAGACUUGAUAUGAAGGUUUCAUAACUGAUCAAUCUUUGUUAACAUUCAAUAUGCUAUGACUCGUUGCCAGCUUCAGGAAAAGUUUCCUUUACUUUGAAUAUUUUCCAUUACAUUCAUGUGUUCAUUUACAAUGGUGUGUAUUUUGUAUUUUGUAUUUUUUUCAUUGCAGUCAUACAGCAGUUCCUCCCAUAGCUCGCCGUCUGACCCAGGCCUGAUUUGA